GCGAAAUAAGAAAAAGGGAAAAGUUGAAAUCGUUUAUUUCCAUCCCCUCCUCCCUUAUCUCCCGCGCUCUGCUCCUCCCAGUCCCAGACUCCCAUCCUCGUCUCCGCCAUGGCCGCCGUCGGCAUCCCCUCCCCUCCGGCGCCACACGUCUUCGCGCCCGCCGCAUCUCCUUCCUCCUCCACGUACUCCACACUGGCCCCCCGCCGUCUCCGCCUCUCCACCCGACUCGGACUCGCCGCCGCCGCGGCGUCGUGCCGUACGCGGUGCGCCGCCGCUGCCGAUGGCGGGGCCGCGGCCUCGGAGGGUGCCUCUGCGGUGGCGGAGCUGGAGGGGGACCCCGACGCUGGCACAGACGUUGCCGGAGGCGCCGCGACCUCCACGCGGCCGCCCUACUCGCUCAUCUCCGCGGACAACGUGCAGAAGGCGAUGCGCGGCCUCGCAAUUACAGAUGCUGACCACUAUGGGAGGCUUGGAGUCACCAGGCUAGCUUCUACUGAUGAGGUAAAAGCUGCGUACGAGAAGAUGUGUGAAGAACUAAAUAGCAAAGAACUAGAAGAAGAGGAGCUUAACAAGGAACAUGAGCUCCUAAAGGAAUCAUUUACUAUACUAUCAACCGAGGAAGAACGAAGAUUAUAUGAUUGGAGCUUGUCAAGAAGUGGACAGCCUGAGCGAUAUGUCUGGCCAUUUGAAGUUGAUCCAUUGGAGUUGGCACCAGAUCCUCCAAAGGAACCAGAAGAUGAGUUCCCAACCAAGCUCGUUGGCUACUUCUUACUGGCGUGGUUCAUACUCUCUGUUGGCCUCUCGGUGGCCCUCAACAAAUGAAGAUUUUCUCCCCAAAAGAACAUGAAUUGUAAUCCAAUAAUCUCUCUGCCAUGUACAUCAAUGACGCUGUUGUGUGCACAGAAGCAUAUGGAUGUACAUGCCAUGCUCUUGGCAAUUAGCCGAAACAUAUAACAACACGUUCUGCACAGAUUGAAGUCGUGAAUCUUGUGCCUGGAGUUUUCACAAUCCUGAAUUAAGUAUAUGCCCAUUUUCAAACAAAA